UUUUUAUUUUUUUUAAAAUUUUUUCUUGUCGUUUGUUUUUUUUCCAUUGUGAUAAAAAAAAUUUUAUAUGUAAAAACAAUCAAAACUAUCAUCUAAUAUAAUUAAUAUAAAUAAUAUAACCUAAAAUAAUUUUUUAAAAAACGAUUUAAUAGUAUAUAAAUAAUAAUAAUAUAAAUAACAAAUAAUAAAUAAUAAAUAAUAAAUAAUAAAUAAUAAAUAUAAAUAUAAAUAAUAAAUAUAAAAUAAAAAUCAAAUAAUAUAAAUUAAUUGUAAAUAAACUAUAAACAAACCUAAAUUAUAAAAUAGUCCAAAAAUGAUAUCAGUUGAUAUUUUAGCCCCUGCUUUGGUUUUCCCUGAAACACUUAGUAGAUCAGAGAUAUCAAACUUCACAUCAAUUUCUUUAGGAUUACCCGAGGAAGAUUUAGAAUUUAAAGUUUUAGACAGUGAACAUUUAAUAUGUCUAAUUAAAAAUUCAAAAUUUUCAUUAAGAUUUGUCGAAUCUCUAUAUGAACAAUACAUGUCAUUGCAAUUUAAAACUGAUAAAACAUCAGAGGCAUUAUCAACAUUACAGGAAUCAUUAUUACAAGCAACCAAGCAAUUGUUAGAAAAACAAAGAAUAAUAGAGCAACAGCAACAAACAAUUUUGUUAUUAUCGCAAAAAGAAAAACAACUAACUAUGGAAUCAGCACAAUGGAAAAAUAAAUAUGAAGAGGAAUUCUAUAAAAGAAAAAAGAGUGAAAAGGUUUUAGAAAGAAUGAGAAAACCAAAACAACAACAACAGCAGCAACAACAACUAUUAAUAAACAAAAAUAUUGGCCUUAGUACCAUUAAUAAUGGUAAUAAUAGUAAUGUUUGUAAUAAUAGCUGUUGUAACAAAACCAAUAAUUUAAUAAACAAUAAUUUAAAUUAUAAUAAUAAUAAUAGUAAUAGUAAUAAUAUAAAUUGUACAUUUUAUUCAACCACAACCUCAACAACACAGCAACUUUCACCAAACCUCUGUUUUGAUCAACCAUCAGCUGAUUAUAGCGGAUAUGAAUGUAGUAGCCCAAAUUAUAUACACACUGAUACAAGUGAUGACGAUGAUAGUUUAGGUUUAGCAAUGAAUAGUGAUGAAGAGGAAUUUAAUAAUAUUAGUAAUGUUGUAAAUAAUAAUAUAAAUACUGUUGACACUAAUUCAACCACUCCUCCAAAAAUUUCAAGCCAAUCUUUUUCAUUUGUAUCACCCUCACCAUUUUCCAAUAAUAAUACCAAUAAUACCAAUACCAAUAAUACCAAUAUCAAUAAUACCAAUAAUAUCAAUAAUAAUAAUAACAGUAAUAAUACCGUAAGUAUGACCCCAACUAAAUCAGGUAACUCCUUUAAUAAUAACAUCUCAUCAGGUAGCAAUACUCCAACCCACAGUAAUUUAAAUUUAAAAAUUAAUAACUUCAAUAGUAUUAAUAACAUGAACAAUAGUCAAAAGAAAAGCGCAUUCUCUUCACCAAAAUCUAAUGGAUCAUCAAUGUCCUCAUCCUCAUCAAAUAAUAAUCUUUUAGGGUGCAAGGAAUGUGACUGUAUUUCAUUUAAAGCAUCAGCUUUGAAUUGGGUUUGUGAUUGCGGCCAUUUUGGAAUUAAACAUUUAUAUCAAGCCUCAGCAAGUCCAAGAAAGAAAGAUAAUUAAUUGUAAAAAAAUAAAAAUAAAUAGAUUGUAGUUUUUUGUAUAUACACAACAGAAAUAAAAUAAAUAAAUAUUUAAUUAUUAAAUAAAAAA